AUGGAGCCCCGAGGUGCAGAACCGAGAGGAACCGGGCGCUCCCGCUGGAAUCGCAGCCGAGUCUGCGCCUGGCGCUGCCCGAGGAGCGGCCGCGUCGGCGGCUGCCCCGGCCUUUUGCUGCUGUCCCGGGAGGGCUACCAGGAUUCCAGCGCGGGGGCCGCCCCGGCGCUGCUGUUUGCAGGAUGGUGCCUGGCUUUGGAUCCCCUCGCCCUCACACCGGCCUCCCCGGGUGCUGCUCCGGGCUUAGUCCUGCGCUGGGUCAACCUCAGCUGGAUACACAACGACGAGCUCUUCUCCAGCCCCCCUUCUCGCAGCGAUACGUGCAGGGACCUUGAGCUGAGCCCUAGGUGGAAACACCACCCCGCAAACGUCAGCGCUUCCCGUUACGCACCUGACAAGUCAAGACCACCUUCCUCAAGCCCUUCCAGUAUUAUCCGCCGCACCUCCUCACUGGAUACACUUGCUGCUCCAUAUCUUGCUGGACAGUGGCCUCGUGAUAAUCAUGGGCAAGCUGUUCCAUGUAUGAGAGACAAAGCCACACAGACAGAAAGUGCCUGGGCUGAAGAAUAUUUAGAAAAGAAGAGAAGCUCGCACAAGCGUUCAGCAUCGUGGGGCAGUAACGAUCAACUCAAGGAGAUCGCAAAGUUGCGUCAACAGUUGCAGAGAAGCAAGCACAGCAGCAGGCACCAUCGGGAUAAGGAAAGGCACUCUCCGUUUCACGGUAACCAUACAGCCAUUAACCACAGUCAGCCUCCCAUUCCAAAGACUGCUCUUGUUCCUGUGAUACCUAUUGCCAAAUCAACAGGAUCACGGUUCCGAAACAGCAUAGAAGGACUGAAUCAAGAAAUUGAGAUAAUCAUUAAGGAGACAGGAGACAAAGAAGAGCAGCUUGUUCCCCAAGAUAUUCCUGAUGGGCACCGUGCUCCCCCUCCACUGGCUCAGCGUAGCAGUAGUACCCGCAGCAUUGAUACCCAAACGCCCGGUGGAGCAGACAGAGGCAGUAACAACAGCAGCCGUUCCCAGUCAGUGUCUCCAGCCUCAUUUCUCACCAUCUCUACUGAGGGCAGUGAGGAAAGUCCGUGUUCCACAGAUGAUCUUCUUGCUGAGUCCAGAGAUAAAGAGAAUGGGAAUAAUUCUCCACUCCCAAAAUACGCUACCUCACCAAAACCCAAUAACAGCUACAUGUUCAAGCGUGAACCUCCAGAAGGCUGUGAAAAAGUGAAAGUCUUUGAGGAAAGCUUGCCAAAGCCAUUGCAUGAAAUUCCAGCCUUCUACUGCCCUGACAAGAACAAAGUGAAUUUCAUUCCUAAAAGUGGUUCUGCUUUCUGUCUUGUCAGCAUCCUCAAACCACUUCUUCCUACACAGGAUCUUACACGCAAGGGCACUACUCACAGUCUGACUGUCUCCUCUGGCAUGACACCCAGUUUGUUACAGCCCAUUUCUGUGGCUUCCCUAUCUGCAAACACAGAUCAAGACAGGAUCUCUCGUGGAACAAGCACGAUAAUACCACAGACCUCCUUACUCCAGCAAUCAGGACAUACUGAAGAAGCCGAAGGAUAGGUUUAGAUUGUCUUGACAUUAUUUUCUGGGAAACUCCUGGGAAACAUUUGGAACCAGUUGACUAGACCUUUCUGUCCAGACUAUUUGCAUUUUAACAACUUGUGGCGCUGUCAUAAAUGAACUGCUUGUACAUAUGACAAUUUGGUAAUAUGCUGAAAAGUUCAGGAUGAUGCAGCAGCAGAUAUUCUGUCUGCACUUUCUGAAGACUCCAGUUCUGUUUUCUUGCCUGCUUUUUUAAACACUGGUGAAAAUGAAGACUGUCAAUCCUUUGCUUUGCUGUUUAAAGGACCAGUUCUUGUGAUACAGCGUGUCCUUUGACGACUUCU